GCUAGCAACAGUCGUACAGGACGGUCCGACACCAUGGUCAAGUCGUAUAUGCGCCAUGGGCCUACGCAGGCAUUUGGUGUGAUUUGCUCGCCCACCGCCAAUUCGGCCUUCGAUGGCAAGUCGGCCUAUGUACCAGCUUGGGAAGACGUCCUUGUCUGGGAUGUCAAGCGUGGAGAGAUGCUAUCCAUGUGGCAUUCGUCCGGACUGACCUCACCUGUCACCUACAUGACCCCAUGUCCUACUCCUUCUACCUCUUCUUCGAGCUCUGGAAAGACAUUUGCCGUUGCUUACGCCGAUGGCUCAAUUCGUCUCUGGGAGUAUGAAUCGGGCACAUCGACAGAAGCUGUGGAGCAAGUCACAUUCAAUGGGCACAAGAAGACCAUCACGACCUUGACUUUUGAUACCGACGGAUCUCGACUUGCGAGUGGAGGAUCAGAAGGAGAAAUCGUCAUCUGGGACCGUGUGGCUGAAGUUGGUCUAUUCCGACUGAAAGGGCACAGAGGAGCUAUCACUGGACUUGCUUUCAUACCUCAUCCUUCAUUGGGCGUUUCACAACAUCCUGGAUUCUUAGUUAGCACGGCUAAAGACAGUACAAUGAGAUUGUGGGAUCUCGGGACACAACAUUGUCUUCAAACCGUGGUGAUUGGACGAGGAGAAGCUCAUUGCUUGGCUGUGAAGGAGAAUCAUGAAGAAGAUGCUCUACCAGGCGAGGGAGAGCAUGUGGGAGAGGGCUCUAGUGCAUGGCUGCUAUUGACAGGGGCAGGCGAUGGAGAAGCCAAGGUGUGGACACUGCCCAAAUCAGCACUGAGUAGCGGUAUCAAAGAAGAUGCCAACGGCAAGCUCCCCUCCCUGAUCCAUCCUUUAUGUACUCUCCCUCUCUCCUCAUCCUCUCAUCCUGUUACUCAAGCCGCCUUCCACCCAUCUCUCCCCAUGAUUCUCCUUCACACGUCUGAACGAACGAUCAAUGUCCUCAGGCUGCGGUCAACGGAGGAAGUCGCUGCGAAGCGAGCUAGACGGAAGAAGAGAGAUCGCGAGAAGGGCAGACAGAAGGAGAAUGGACAGGAGACCGGGGAAGAAGGGACGGAGAAGGUAGGAUGGCAAGAUCGUGUCCAGGCAUGGUGCAACAUACGGACGAAUGCGAAGAUCAAGUCUUUCUCGCUCGCCGAUGCCGAUUCCGGGUCGUCAAAGUCUGGAGUACCGCUCCUCGUGGCUCUCUCAAACAACUCUCUUGAGACCUAUUCUUUUCCUACUCCUACGGGCAAGAAGUCUAAGCUCCCGGAUGGAACUAGCCCUGAGCCGACAAAGACGCAUUCUUUGGAAUUACCGGGACAUCGACAAGACAUUCGCACGCUUAGCAUAUCCUCAGAUGACCAGGUCAUAGCUAGUGCCGCGAGUGGUACGCUCAAGAUCUGGAAUGCGAAAACGACAGCCUGCCUCAGGACAAUGGAAUGUGGUUAUGCCAUCUGCUCGACUUUCUUACCAGGUGAUCGGCACGUCGUGAUCGGUACGAAAAGCGGCGAGCUCCUUUUAUACGACAUUGCUGCAUCUAGCCUAUUAGCAACCUACAAGGCCCAUUCUGGACCGGUAUGGAGCGUGCAUGUCCGUCCCGACGGCCGCGGACUAGUUUCAGGCAGUGCGGAUAAGGAUGUGAAGUUCUGGAACUUUGAGAUGCGAGAGGAAGGGCCGGGUGAAAAGGUUGUCAGUCGGCUUGGAGUAGAGACUGUGUUCAAGACAAAGCAACUUGCUUUGGUCCACAUUCGAACACUCAAGAUGACGGACGACGUGCUUGCUGUCAAGUACAGCCCUGAUGGAAAAUUGUUGGCGGUCUCUCUGUUGGACUCGACCGUAAAGGUCUUUUUCGAAGAUAGUCUCAAAUUUUUCCUGUCCUUGUAUGGUCACAAGCUUCCAGUUUUGUCUCUGGACAUCUCAUUCGACUCAAAACUCAUCAUCACCUGCUCGGCCGACAAGAACGUCAAGAUUUGGGGUCUUGACUUUGGCGAUUGUCAUCGAUCCAUCUUUGCCCACGACGACUCUAUCAUGCAGAUCUCGUUCGAGGCCAAUAGCCAUAAUUUCUGGACAGUUGGAAAGGAUAAGUUCUUGAAAUACUGGGAUGCCGACAAGUUUGAGCUCAUACAGAAGCUCGAGGGUCAUCAUGGAGAGAUAUGGGCUCUGGCCACUUCACAUCAAGGCGAAUACGUCGUGACUGGCUCUCAUGACAAAUCUAUCCGAAUCUGGGAAAAGACUGAAGAACCCCUGUUUCUUGAAGAAGAGCGAGAGCGAGAGUUAGAAGCAAUGUACGAUGCCAACGCGGUGGAAGAGUCAAACCGAGUUGAAGCAGCUGGUGAAGGAGAUGAAGUGGAAGCUGUUCAGAAGCAAACCAACGAGACAUUGAUGGCCGGUGAGAAGAUCAUGGAGGCGCUACAAAUAGCCGAUGGCGAACGCGACGAUUUGCAGAGCUGGGAAGAGGAGAAAGCCAAAUUGAGCUCCGAGGCCGCUGCUCAGCUUCCUGCUCCAGAUCGAAACCCAGUCCUGGUCGCGAGAGGAGAUGUCAAUGGAGAAGAAUACGUCUACAAGGUCAUCAAGGCUAUUCCAGCCGCCGCGAUGGAAGAUGCCCUGCUCGUCUUGCCUUUUGGCCAGGUGGUUAGUCUCUUGACAUAUCUCGACGAGUGGGCUCGACAGCAUCGAGACAUCGUCUUGACGUCUCGAAUUCUUACUUUCCUCCUCCGCACGCAUUCUGCCUCACUGAUUGCCAAUCGUACACUUCGUCCGACAAUCUUGAAUCUCAGGAACCAUGUCCGCGAUGCUCUGACACAAGAACGUAAUGUGAUGGGUUACAAUAUCGCAGCCAUGCGAUAUCUCAAAGGCAGAUGGGAGAACGAAAAGGUCGCCGGGAUGGCAGAAGAUGUCUGGGACGAAGAGAGAGUGAGGCAGAAACUAGCGGAGGGCAAGAAGGGUGGAAAGCGGAAACGAGUCGAGAUCAGAGCGUAGUGUGUGUCCAAUCUCAUAGUUCAGGUGUUCGAAGAGCUUUAUCGGUUGUCAGUGAUCGACAAUGUGCGUGAGAUCAUAUCGAUUCAAAUGCGACGACUUGAAUGCCAGGAUGAUUGCCAAAAUUUGAAUGCAGGCGGAGACAC